UGCGAUGUAAACUAGCCAAUUGUUCUUUUGUUGUACUUAGACCCUCGUGUAUUUAUUUUUUAUACAGUUAAAGGCUCAGCUCAGGUAUUUUAUUUUAUAUGAUUCUUAUCCAACUUCUCGAUUAUUUGAACGAGCCAUUUCAUUGCAAGAAGGCCAUUAUUUGCCAAUUUCCGACGGGGCUUUUUGUCAUCUAGCAUUAUAGAUGAUGUGAUGUAUACAGGUAACAAUAAUCAUAACAAUAACAAACAUAACAUUAAUUUAAAAAUCUUACUCACUUAUAAGCUACUUUAAAAUAACAUUGAACAAAAAUAAUACUAUUGAGCAAUAUGUACAAAUUCAUUAAUAGGUUAUGUUAGGUAAUCAAGUAAAGAAAUAGAUUAAAAUUGGGGAAAAAAGAGUCGUUGUCCGAGUCAAAGUAGAAAUAGUCUAUUGAGGCAAAAUUAUAUAUAAUUUCACAGGGAAAAACGUUCGAUUCUACAAUGUUAUAAAACACAACGAUACACUCGGAUUUUUCUUUUUUCGUAUUAAAAUAAUUUGUCUGUGGGAGGAAGAUUUACGAGCAGCAUUUGAAUGCAGCAUGAACUCCACCGUUUAGCCAUGUUUCUGAUUCACUCGUAAACCUGCACCAGUGUUAUAAAAAAACAAAACUAUCGACUUUAUUUUAUGUCUCGCUAUUCACCGUCUUACAAAAAGCAACAUGACGUCGAAACAGAAAGCUGGAAAAGUUGGCUCCAAGAGUAAGGAGGACGCUCCCUAUGAGUUGGAGAAUCAGUUCAUCCUGCGGCUGCCGACGGAAUAUGCAUCUACUGUGAGGAGGCUUGCCCAGUCUAGUAGUAUGAAUAUGAAGGACAGACUCACCAUAGAAUUGCAUCCUGAUGGUCGCCAUGGCAUCGUGAGAGUGGACCGUGUCCCUCUUGCCUGCAAACUGGUGGAUCUGCCAUGCAUCAUUGAGUCCCUCAAAACAGUGGACAAGAAGACUUUUUAUAAGACAGCUGACGUCUGCCAGAUGCUGGUGUGUACACUAGAUGGAGACCUUUACCCUCCUUUAGAGGAGCCCACUGGCACCGAUCCCAAGACCAAGAAGAAGGACAAAGACAAGGACAAGAAGUUCAUUUGGAACCACGGGAUCACCUGUCCCCUCAAGAACACGCGCAAGAGGCGAUUUCGCAAAACUGCAAAAAAGAAGUACAUCGAAUCUCCCGAUGUGGAAAAAGAGGUGAAGCGGCUGCUGAGCACAGAUGCCGACGCUGUCAGUGUUCGGUGGGAAGUGAUAGCAGAAGAUGACAUGAAAGAUGGAGACCAGCAUGGCUCUCUGGCUAACUUGGAUUCGUCACCUGGCACAUCGGGACACAAGUUGGGUCACGGUUCUUCAACCCAGCGUGACGAACUGCGGGAGAUGUUCAACGACAUCAGCAGCUCCAGCGAAGAUGAAGAGGACGAUGUGGACCGUCACGAGGAUGAGGACUUGAACAUCGUGGACACGGAGGAUGACUUGGCCCAAGACAAAAUGGACGAAUCUGACCCGGCGCAACGCGAGUCUGACACAAAUAACCAAAUAGUCAUGGAGUACCAGGUGCAAAUCAACAGCGUCAAGGCCAAGCUUCAGGAAACUCGAGCUCGGAAGAAACAACAGGAGGAGCUCAUCAUGAAAGUGGAAAACCAGGCACUUAAAAACCGAUUCCAAGCGUGUUUGGAUGAGAUCAUUCAACAGGAGGAACGUGAGACGGAACAGCUGGCCUCGCUACAGGAGCAGCUGGACUCACUAAUCGAAAAGUGAGCACCAGGGGGCACCCUUACGACACCCUUGGCACCCCACAUAAAAUGGAGGAGGAAGAUGAGGAGGAGGAUUUGAGCCAUGACACACAGUUGCUGUGUCAUUCCUUUUUUGUUGGAUAUUAUUACUUGGAGCACGUAAAUUUAUUUGCAUCUCCGCUCGCAUCAAGUUGUUUGUUGCCAUGUCAUUAAACUGUUUUGUUUAAACA